CCGCCACCCCCGCCGGCUCCCUUCCUCUCGCCCUCUCGCUCCCUCGCUCUCUCUCGCUUUCGCAGGGCCUUCCCCGCGGUCCGUGCGCGCAGGCGGCGGCGAGCCGUCUCGGACGCAGCAUGCAGGCGCGCUACUCCGUGUCCGACCCCAACGCCUUGGGAGUGGUGCCCUACUUGAGCGAGCAAAACUACUACCGGGCGGCGGGCAGCUACGGCGGCAUGGCCAGCCCCAUGGGCGUCUACUCCGGCCACCCGGAGCAGUACGGCGCGGGCAUGGGCCGCUCCUACGCGCCCUACCACCACCACCAGCCCGCGGCGCCCAAGGACCUCGUCAAGCCGCCCUACAGCUACAUCGCGCUCAUCACCAUGGCCAUCCAGAACGCGCCCGAGAAGAAAAUCACCCUGAACGGCAUCUACCAGUUCAUCAUGGACCGCUUCCCCUUCUACCGCGAGAACAAGCAGGGCUGGCAGAACAGCAUCCGCCACAACCUGUCGCUCAACGAGUGCUUCGUCAAGGUGCCCCGCGACGACAAGAAGCCGGGCAAGGGCAGCUACUGGACGCUGGACCCGGACUCCUACAACAUGUUCGAGAACGGCAGCUUCCUGCGGCGCCGCCGGCGCUUCAAGAAAAAGGACGUGCCCAAGGACAAGGAGGAGCGGGCCCACCUCAAGGAGCCGCCCCCCGCCGCGGCCAAGGGCGCCCCGGCCGGGCCCCCUCUAGCGGACGCCCCCAAGGACGUCGAGAAGAAGCUGGUGAUCAAGACCGAGGCGGCGUCGCCGGCGCUGCCGGCCAUCACCAAGGUGGAGACGCUGAGCCCCGAGAGCGCGCUGCAGGGCAGUCCGCGCAGCGCGGCCUCCACGCCCGCCGGCUCCCCCGACGGCUCGCUGCCCGAGCACCACGCCGGCGCGCCCAACGGGCUGCCCGGCUUCAGCGUGGAGAACAUCAUGACGCUGCGAACGUCGCCGCCGGGCGGCGAGCUGAGCCCCGCGUCCGGGCGCGCGGGCCUGGUGGUGCCGCCGCUGGCGCUGUCGUACGCGGCCGCGCCGCCCGCCGCCUACGGCCAGCCGUGCGCGCAGGGCCUGGAGGCCGGGGGCGCGGGGGGCUACCAGUGCAGCAUGCGCGCCAUGAGCCUGUACACCGGGGCCGAGCGGCCCGCGCACAUGUGCGUCCCGCCCGCGCUGGACGAGGCCCUCUCGGACCACCCGGGCGGCCCCACGUCGCCCCUGAGCGCCCUCAACCUCGCCGCAGGCCAGGAGGGCGCGCUCGCUGCCGCCGCGGGCCACCACCACCAGCAUCACGGCCACCACCACCCGCAGGCGCCGCCGCCCCCGCCGGCGCCCCAGCCCCAGCCGGCGCCCCAGCCCGGGGGCGCGGCCGCCGCCGCCGCCGCCGCCGCCGCCGCGGCCCAGGCGGCCUCCUGGUAUCUCAACCACAGCGGGGACCUGAACCACCUCCCGGGCCACACGUUCGCGGCCCAGCAGCAGACUUUCCCCAACGUCCGGGAGAUGUUCAACUCCCACCGGCUGGGGGUGGAGAACGCGGCCCUCGGGGAACCGCAGGUCGGCACCAACGCGAGCUGUCAGCUGCCCUACAGAUCCACGCCGGCGCUCUACCGCCACGCCGCCCCCUAUUCCUACGACUGCACGAAAUACUGACCUGCCUGGCCCGCUCCGGCUUCGCCUCCCACACCCGGGCCUCUCGGGCAGUCCAGGCUGCAGAGGCACAGAAAGAACCAAAAAAUAUGCCCA